AUGGUUCCCAACUGCAAUGCAGCAGUCCUUGAACCUCGCCCAGGUCCCGGGAGCGUGCCGUCCUCGUCGUCCCAGCCGACCCAGGGCACGUGCGGGCGCCUGCACUACAGUUCGGGCGUGCUGGAGAGCCCCCGGCACCCGUUCGCGUACCCGCCGAACCUGGACUGCCACUACUGGAUCCACAGGGCCAGUCCGAGCGUGUGCAGGGCCCAGCUGCGCUUCUCCCGCUUCGACGUGGGCUCCCCGCUGGGCGGCGUCUGCACCUCGGACUACCUGGACAUCCAGGGCACGCGCUACUGCGGACGCAGGGACGGACAGACUCUGAUCGUGGAUUUCCCAGAAGGAAAGAACUCCCUCGAGCUUAUUCUUCACUCGGACAGCGUCAGCGAAAAGUCCGGAUUCCAUCUGGACGUGACGCAACUGAGCAGUGGCUGCAUCAGACCUCCACUGCCGGCACAAAGCUGCGACCAGACAGUGAGGAGGGAAAGCUUCCAGCUGAUGAGCCCCGGGUUCCGACAGGGAGGCUACCCUCCCAGCACCCACUGCGUGUACACGGUCAAGAAGCACGACUUCAGGGUGUGCGCCCUCGAAGUCAAGAUGGAGGCCUUCGACUUGGAGCAGGACUCCGGCUGCUCCAAGGACUACCUCCAGUUCAACAACCUCAGGUUCUGCGGGAAGCAGGCCUACGGCACCACUCGCACCAUUGAAUUCCUGGAUGAUGAAAUGAAGGUCCAGUUUCAUGCCAACCCUACAGUCAGUGGAGCCGGAUUUCUUUUGUCUGGAAAGCAAGUGAUCUGCUGAGCGCCAAAAACAAAUCCGUUUUUUUUUUUUUUUACUUAGGUUAUUUACAAGUGCCUGAGCUAAGAUACUUGGGGUGGGCGCAGAUCUGGUCCAGUCAACGCUGGUCGAUUACCACACUGCAGCAAUAGUCGCCGUGACUGAGAAUGAAGGCAGGGUUUUCAUCAAACCUGUUUGUCAGAGAUCCUUUAACAAGAUGUACAGCCAUUUCUUCAAGAAUAGACUGGAAGUCAUUGGAAGAACAAGCAGCCACGCUUCAAUACUCUCUUGGGAACCAUUGUUCAUGGACACACCCAGUGAUAACCAAUAAAAUGCUAUACAGCUUUAUGUAUUGAA